UCUUUUAAGAAAACUUUGAAAAAGGCCGUAAAUACUCUCACAAAAAAAUCUUCUUUAAUGUUAAGAAAAAAAUCUUCUUUUAGUAAUUUAUCUUCUUCUUCUUCUUCUACUUCUUCCUCUUUUUCUAAUAAUUCUCGUGGUAGAAUUAGUGUUGAUGGUUUUCCUGUUGCCGUUGAUAGAGUGGUAUCAUAUUCUUUGGCUAAAUUAAUUAUGAGUAAAUGUAAACAAUUAAAAUCUCUUUCAAUUGAUACAAGAUUAUCUUCUUAUCCUUGUCAUUGUUUAGUACCUAUUAAUGAUACUUCUAAUAAUACUAAUACAAAUAUUACUGAUAAUAAUCAUAAUAAUUUAAGACAGAAUGUUCCCGAAGAACAUUUAUUAAUAGCUACUUAUUCUGGUGCAAAUAAAUGUUUACCUCCUUUAACGGAAUUCAUUUGUACAACAAGAGGAACAAAAUGGAGAUUAUUUCACGCUUUGGCUGGAACUUGUAAACAUUUAAAGAAAAUUGUUGUUGAUAUGGGUGGUUAUACUGCUUGGUCAAAUAAUAAUAAUAAUAAUAAUAAUAACAAUAAUAAUAAUGAAUUAGAAUGGGAAGCUAAAAAUUUGGCAACUCUUCUUCAAUCACAAAAUUCUUUGGAAUCUUUUACUUUAUUACGUGGUGAAAUUGGUUUAUUAACAAUAUUAGGAGCUUUAAAAUCUCAAGUAAAUACUCUUAAACAUUUAGAAUUUGUUCAAUUAAAUACAAAAUAUGCUCAAUGGGGUGCUUUUUAUAAUAUAUUAGAAUAUAUUAAAUUGAAAGAAUUAGUAUUUAGAGAAUGUGAAUUAAGUGAUGAUUUAAUGAGACCUUUAAUAACUCCUACUAAUUCAAAGAGAGAUUUAUUUAAAAGUAUUGAAGUAUUGAAUUUUGAAAAAUCGAUCGUUUCAAAUGAUUCUAUUGAAAAAUUAAUUAUUGAAACUGGUCCUAACUUAAAAAAAUUGAUUUUGGGUAAUAAUUUAUCAAAUGUUUCAUCAAAAUCUUUUACAACAACUGAUACAAUUUCAUUGAUUGAAAUUGUUGGUCAACAUUGUCCAAAUUUAACACAUUUUACCACUUUUGUUGAUACAAAUGAUGUUCCACAAUUAAUUACUUUAUUUACUUUAUGUCCUUUAUUACGAUCGAUCGAAUUAUCAAGAAAUAUUUCUCCUCAAGAUGAAUCAUUAGAAGAUGCUGUUAAUCAUACUGCAGAUAUAACAUAUUUACUUGAACAAAUUACUUCACAAAAUUUAUUAAGUAAUUUAAAUCGUUUGAUCUUAUCUGUUCCUUGGUCUUUUACAUCAACUUCAUUGGAAAAUUAUUUACUUUAUGUUAGACCACCAUUAAAUUAUUUGGAAGUAAGACAAUCUUAUUCUUUUAAUUCCGAUCAUUUGGAAAUUUUAGUCAAAUACGCCAAAGAAAGACAACGAUUAAAAAGAGUUUACAUUGAAACUUUAAAUGAAUUAUCUGAAGAAGUAUUGGCUGAAUCUGAAGCAACCUUUGAAUUAUUUGAAUAUCAGAGAAUAAGGAGCGGUUCACAUUAUUAUAUACCAGGUUAUGGUUUAUUAUCCGAUAAUUGGUAA